AUGACACAUCUACCUGCUGGGGAGCAUUGGAGUUUCUCUAGCACUGCCUACCUCUUGGAGGAUAGUUACCUGUUCCCUGUGCUGAAAGUGGGCUCGGAUACUGCCUAUGGUUCACUGCAAAGCGUUGCUCGUUUUGCCCUUCUUUCCCUGCCGGUUUGCAGUUUCCUUCUGGCCCUCAUUAACGCGAUCGGUUUCACAAAGCUGGUGGCCAAUCCUAAUCCCAACCCUGUCAGGAGGCUGCAUUCUGGCAACUGUCUCAUCGCCCUAUGCAUCCUGACGAUGAUGCUAUCCGGCCUGCUUUGGGCCACGGUUCUGCCUCGACUGAUUCAUUUCGGUGCGGAACCCGCCUUCACUGGCAACAUCUCCCACACC